ACUAAAGAAAAAAAGAAAAGAAAAAAAAAACAAUCAGUGAAGAACAAAGAGAAAUAAGGAUUUUUGAUAGAUCUGUUUAUGAACGGACAGAAAAUCGUUGUGAUUCUUUUUUGAAGCCGUCGUUCAGAAAGUGAAAGUGAAGUUUAUAUCGCUGGAGCUCGAGCUAUGGAUUCACUGCCUGUAGAAGAGCUUUCUUGUCCUGUUUGUUGUGAAAUCUUCAAGAAUCCUGUUGUUUUAUCAUGUAGUCAUAGUUUCUGUAAAGAGUGUCUUCAACAGUUCUGGAGAAUCACGAAAACUCCGGAGUGUCCUGUCUGCAGACAAUCCGCAAAAUCUGAACCUCCAGUUAGUCUUACAUUAAAAAACGUGUGUGAGUCGUUCCUGAAGAAGGACAGCAAUGAGGUUCCUUCAUCGGGAUCUGAGGAGAUCUGCAGUUUACACAGUGAGAAACUCAAACUCUUCUGUCUGGAGGACAAACAGCCUGCGUGUUUAGUGUGCAGAGAUUCACAACAACACGACAAUCACAAAUUCAGACCCAUCAGUGAAGUGGUUUCAUCAUAUAAGGAGGAGCUCAAUACAGCACUGAAGCCCUUACAAGUGAAACUUAAGCACCAUGAAAACAUUAAAGGAGAGUUUGAGAAAACAGUACGACACAUCAAGGUGAGGAAACAGAAUUCAGAGUCAUUUUCAUUACAGCUGUAGGAUCAGUGCCGGCCUUUGUAAAAAUUGUCAUAGCAAUUUGACAAGUGAAGAGAAAGUACAUAAAAUGGCAAUUUCAAUAAUUAAUCAUAAAUGUGCAUUAAGUGUAACACAUACUGUCCGUAUGUAAAAAUAUUUAAAUUUAAAAAAUUGA